UAUAACCUCCUGUAAAUCAUCUGCAGCCCAGCUCCUAUCAACAGCCAGCCUGGGAGAAAACACAAGGAAUGUGACUCCAGCCGUUCCCAACCGCACCUGAAGACCAAGCUGGCAUUAAAAAAAUAUUUCUGUGUAACUGCAAAUGCAGGAAUGUUUUAACACUGGGGUGAAGAAUCUGUACUUGGACCAGCAUGUCUGCGUACUAUAAGAAUAACAGGAGUGAGGAAGAUCAAGGUUACCAUGACUAUUCAGAGUCUGAGGAUUAUCCAGAUUUUCCAGCUCCUCUGAACAAUCCAGAUGACCCCAGAACCAGGAGAAAUCCAUACUCUGCAGGCUCCAGAGUGAGUCCAGACUAUCCUGUGUCUCUGGCAGAGCCAGAUUAUCCUGGAUCUCUGAGUAAUCCAGACCAUCCUAGCACCAUGAACCAUCCAUUCUCUGCAACCUCUAGAAUCAGUCCAGACUACCGCAGAUCUGUAGCAGAGCCAGAUUAUAUUGAAUUGCAGAGGAAUCCAUACCACCCAAGCUCAUCCAGACAGCCAGACUCCUCUCAAUUUCAACAAAAUCCUGAUGUUGCAUAUUCUAGAAGCAGUGGAAACCAUGCAGACUCCAGAACGAAUCCAGAUUAUUUUGGCUCCUUACCAGAACCAGACUACCCUGGAACUCAGAGCAACUCUAACCAUCCUGGCUCCAGAACCAAUUCAACCCAUUCAGGCUCCAGAAGGAGUAUAGAAUAUGCUGGUUCCAGAAUCAAUCCAUACACAGAUUCUCUGGGAGAGCCUGAUUAUCCAGGUGCCAAAAAUCAACAUAACUCUUCACACUUUUGGGGGGAACCAGACUAUCCCGGUGCUAAGGACUAUCAGAACUCUCCAGACAUUUGGGGAGAACCUGAUUAUCCAGAUGCUGAGAAUGGUCAUGAUUAUGGCUCUUCUGAGGCCCCAGAAAUGACCAGGGGGGUGCUCAGCAGAACAUCUUCAGUCCAGUCCAUGUUUCACCACAGGAUUGAUGGCCCCUUGGUCAUCCAUAGGAGAGAGAAUGAAGAUUACCCAGAAAACAUAGAAAUGACAUCCAUGGAGAUGACAGAUUCAUAUGGGCACUCUCUGCCAGGUGCUCCUAGAAAAGGCUAUGUGAACCCUGCUUACGUAGGUGAAAGUAGUCCUGUCUGUGCUUUUGAAAACCUGAUGUUGUCUGAAUGUGAUUGGCACAAGUCACCCGAAGGACAAAAGUUAAUCGCAUCUCUGAUACCCAUGACAUCCAGAGACAGAAUUAAAGCCAUCAGGAACCAGCCAAGAACCAUGGAAGAGAAAAGGAACCUUAGGAGAAUAGUCGACAAAGAAAAAAGUAAACAGUCAAAUCGUAUCUUGAAGCUCAAUUGCUGCACUCAGUGUCUACACUCCAUUUCACGGGCUUACCAGAGAUCCAAGAACAGCCUGUCGGAAUUCCUCAAUACCAUCAGCCUGUGGCAGAAGACUCUCAAGAUCAUCGGAGGCAAGUUCGGAACCAGCGUCCUCUCCUAUUUCAACUUUCUGAGGUGGCUUUUGAAGUUCAACAUCUUCUCGUUCAUCGUGAACUUCAGCUUCAUCGUAAUCCCUCAGCUCACUGUGGCCGAAGAGAACACCCUCCAGUUCACUGGGCUGGAGUUUUUGACUGGGGCAGGUUAUUUUAGGGACACGGUGAUGUACUACGGCUUUUACACCAACUCUACGAUCCAGCAUGGGAGCAGCGGGGCAUCCUACAACAUGCAGCUGGCCUACAUCUUCACAGUCGGAAUUUCCUUGGUCAUCUGCUUUUUCAGUUUGCUGUUCAGCAUGGCCAAGUAUUUCCGGAACAACUUCAUUAACCCCCACAUUUACUCCAGAGGGAUCGCUAAGCUUAUCUUUUGCUGGGACUUCACUGUCACUCAUGAAAAAGCCGUGAAGCUAAAACAGAAGAAUCUCAGCACUGAGAUAAGGUUCCUGAAGACCCACAGUAACCCUGGGGCGGUGCUGUUACUGCCUUUUGUUGUGUCCUGCAUCAACCUGGUCGUGCCGCGCUUCUACUCCAUGUUCAGGCUGGUGGAGAGGUACGAGAUGCCGCGGCACGAAGUCUACAUCAUCCUGAUCCGAAACAUCUUUCUGAAAAUAUCAAUUAUUGGCAUUCUUUGUUACUAUUGGCUCAACAUCGUGGCCCUGUCUGGUGAAGAGUGUUGGGAAACUCUCAUUGGCCAGGAAAUCUACCGGCUCCUUCUCAUGGAUUUCGUGUUCUCACUGGCGGAUUCCUUCCUGGGGGAGUUUCUGAGGAGAAUCAUUGGGAUGCAGUUUAUCACAAGCCUUGGCUUACAGGAGUUUGACAUUGCCAGGAAUGUUCUAGAACUGAUCUACGCACAAACUCUGGUUUGGAUUGGAAUCUUCUUCUGCCCUCUGCUGCCCUUUAUCCAAAUGAUUACUCUUUUCAUCAUGUUUUACGCCAAAAAUAUCAGCCUGAUGAUGAACUUCCAGCCUCCGAGCAAGGCCUGGAGGGCCUCCCAGAUGAUGACUGUCUUCAUCUUGUUGCUCUUUUUCCCAUCCUUCACCGGCGUCCUGUUCACCCUGGCCAUCACCAUCUGGAGAUUGAAACCUUCAGUUAACUGUGGUCCAUUUCGGGGUCUGCCUUUCUUCAUUCACUCCAUCUACAGCUGGAUCGACACCCUAAGUAAAAGGCCCGGCUACCUGUGGGUUGUUUGGAUCUAUCGGAACCUCAUUGGAAGUGUGCACUUCUUUUUCAUCCUCACCCUCAUUGUGUUAAUCAUCACCUACCUUUACUGGCAGAUCACAGAGGGAAGGAAGAUUAUGAUCAGGCUGCUCCAUGAACAGAUCAUUAAUGAGGGCAAAGAUAAAAUGUUCCUGAUAGAAAAGCUGGUCAAGCUGCAGGAUACGGAGAAGAAAGUCAACCCCAGCUCUCUCGUACUGGAGAGGAGUGAAGUGGAGCAACAAGGCCCUUUGCAUUUGGGGGAAUGCGAUGCUGCCCCUGGCCUGCGAUUUAGGCAAUCAGUCCAAGAAGAUAACUCAAGGGCUUGAUGAUUAUUGUGGCAGCCAGACAGCAAUCAAGUAAAGAAAGAGAUGAAAAUGGAACAACUUCUUCUGUGACACCUUCCAUGGGCCUUUGGGAGCCUCCCAGAAGGGGAAUCCAAGCCUUUAGCCAGGAGUGGAAACUGACUACAGUGUAAAUAUCAAACUAAAAUUGGACAGUCCCUGAUAUUUUUUCAACACCUGGAUUGCUAAUUUUUUAAGACAAAAUACUUGAGGUUUUCCAAUAAAGACUGUUGUCAUAUUGAAAUGAGCCCACAAAUAUCUGGGAAGAGAUAACUUGGGAAUGAUGU